UUUGUUUUGAUUUUGUCUUCUGUCAUCAGCUGUUCUGUGAUUUUUGCAGAUCUGUUGCUUAAAAAUUUACGAUUUUUGUUCCGUUUAUUCUUCGAAAGAAUCUCCCGCACAUCCAUCGUCAUGGCCAAUGCCAAUCUGCCGCCAAGUUACGCGGAGGUGAUGGCCGAAAACACCCAACAGAUGGGACAAGAUUCUGCGGCGGUGAUUACGGUGGCUCCUUCGGCUCCCUACCCACAGCAACAGUACUACCCGAGCCCGUACCCGAAUGUUCCGGCCCAGCAGCAACCGAUGCCCAACUACGGUUCGAUGGACUCCUCGGGGGCAAAGGUGCCGCUAUCGAUUGUGGUGCCGCCAUCGGCUGGUGCGGGAGGCUCCGGAAUUGCCGCCACCACCACCACUACUGCCGUGGUGAUUCCGCAGGAAAUCAUAGUGGUCGGUGGAUGCCCGGCUUGUCGGAUUGGUAUGCUGGAAGAUGAUUACACUUGUUGCGGAAUCUGUUGCGCCAUUUUCUUCUUUCCGGUUGGCAUACUGUGCUGCUUGGCCAUGAAAAAUCGACGCUGCACCAACUGUGGGGCGCAGUUUUAGGAAGAUUGUUUGUGGCCACAGAAUACCUAUUUUGUUUCAUGUGAUCUGAUUGAACGUGUUACGGUGUUACCAAAUAAUGAUCGAUUGGAGGAGAAUUAUAUGAAGGAGCUGAUGACCAGAAUCACCACUUCGAAUAAUACGCAAGGUACGUAUUAAUUGCUGGAAAUUUAGGGUAGGUCGAAAAUGUUAAUAUAACACAACUAUGUAUAUGAAUAACGUGCAUUGAAUAUGUCAAAGUAUUUUU